AUGGAACCAAGACAGAUUAUCGAAUUGAGUGACGAUGACGAUGAAAGUCAUUUAAAUCUAAAUACCACCAGAAAACCUAUAAAAUUAACAACCAAUGAACCGGAAGUGAUUGAACUGCUUAGUGAUUCAUGUAACGAAGAUCCCCCUAUUUUAACAUCGAUCCAGUCUAGUCAAACAAAAGAGUUUCAGCCAAGUCCCAACCAAGAGUCAAAUCACACAAGCAUAUCCACAAACUACCUGAGAUCAGUUUCCAAAUCCACAUACACUUCAACUGAUCAAGUUACAGAUGUGAUUAUUAUAGAAAGCGACGAAGAGGAAACUAGCAUAGUGCAAAAAUUAAACGAAACUUCAAAAAUACUGGGAUCAACACAGCUACCAUCAUCUCCUGUAAACUCUGCAAGCCAACAACCAGAAAGAACCAUGAACGACUCAAUUAUUGAUUCCAGUUUUUCAUUUCUGAUGGAUAAUGUUGUAACAACGAUUCGUAAUGGUGGAUCUAGACUAAAACUAUCAAAGCCUGUUUCUCAACCAGUAACUACUGGAUUGGGGCCCUCGUCAGUUUCAAACUCUGUUUCUAGUAGUUUCAAGAUGCCACCGUUUGUGAAAUGGCUCUCGAGUGACGACGAUGAUGAUGAUGAUGACGAACUUGAUCCAAUUGUACCAACGUCCCAACCAGUUGCACAUGAAACAGUUUUGAGUGCCCAGCCUGCGAAAAGAUCCAGAACUGUGCAAGAACCACCUCAACAGGCUGUAAAGCCUGUAAAGCGUUCCAAGACUGUUGAUCAGGUGAUAGAUUUGCCACGUAUUGAUAAUUUUCAGUACACAUCAAAGGAAUUGAAAGAAGUCAAUAGAGCUACAAGGAAAAAAGAAGAACUUUUGGCAGAAAUGGAAUUACAUAUAUCUGAGUCGGUUUAUACGAGGUUGGAAGAUUUGGUUAAAGAUUUCCAACUGCGUGUUAUCAAGGCUUCAUAUACGUUACCAGUGAUUUUUUGGAAGCGAAAUAUAAACGCAGUUUACGAUAAAGAAAGGGAUAUAUUUAUACCAUGUCACCCAAGGCGGGUUCUUGAGAAAACAUUUGUAUUGUAUUAUCAUGCGUCAGUAUUUUUUGAAAAACUACGAAGCAGCACUUUGAAAGCUGAUGUGUCAGCAGCAAAGCAACAAGCAUUGUCAAUGACACCAAAUGAGUACAAUGUGAUUAUUGUGGUUGAAGGGUACGAUAUAAUUUUGAACAAAAUCAAAGCGUAUGAACAGAGAUUGUUUAAAAAUCAAGUUCUUCAAGGUUUAAAUGUUGAGGAGCAAAGAAGACGAAGAAAAGACGACACAGAAAUGUCUAAAUACCCUUCUUCAUCAGAGGUUGAACAUUUAGUUAACAGAGCCCAAAUUGACUUGAAGGCAAAUAUUUUUAUGGUCAGAGCAAAACAAGAAUCGAUCAUGUGGCUAAAUUCAUUUACAUAUAUGAUUAGCCAAUCACUUUAUGACAAAUUUGAAAGAAAUCAAGGAUUGGCAAAUCUUGGGACUGUUAAGUCAGGAGCCGAUACCAAAUCAACAUUUUUGCAGUCAAUGAAACAAUUCAAUUUGAUGACUCAGGCCAAAGCAGAUAUUUUGUAUGUACUGCAUCAGUCUCUACACCUGAUGUACACCAAGUUUCGAUCUCAAGGGACUUUGGGCAAGGAUAACUUGAGGAGAAAUAUUGUCCCACCAUCAGUUGAUAGUAGUAUGAACAAGUUUUUCACUGCUGAUGAUCCAGAUAUGGUUAUUAAUUAA